AUGCCAACCAAUCCAGAUCCAAAUGAGCUGCGCAAAUGGAAGAGAAAGAUUGAUACACUAUGUGCCAUCAUCGAAGACCAUUUUGCUUUUGCUUCUCAAUACACAAGUGAAUCAAACAAUAUUUCCCAGGUCAAGGUAAGACUUGAGGAAAUUAAUGAAUUUUCUGAGAAAUUUGAAGAAUAUCAAGCUGAGUUAGAAAUGUUAGAUGAGAAAAAGGAUGCUGACUGGAUCAAUGUUCGAAGAUCAUUCCGAAACCGAUUGUGUGAUGUUAAGGCUGCGUUACUCAAAAUCAUAGAUGAUCAUGUCAUCCAUCCAGACAAUGUAUCUAGUCCAUCAAUGAGCUCAGCCAGAUCUCAACAACAUUUAAAUACAUUCAACUCUAUGAGGUAUCCACCAUGUGCUUUUCCUACAUUCAGUGGUGAUUGGCAGCAGUGGUCAUCCUUUAUAGAUACAUUCAAUUCAAUGUUUCAUAAUGAGCAUUCAAACUUACCGCUAGUUCAACGCUUUCAUUACUUAAGGUCAUGCCUUGCAGGGCAGGCUAGUGAUGUUAUCAAAUCUAUUCCUACUACUGCAGAACACUUUCAAUAUGCUUAUGAUCUGUUGGUAAAUCGGUAUGAAAACAAGAGUGCUAUAAUCCAGUCACACAUUCGCUCACUACUCGAGACACCCAAGGUGGUCUCACCGUCUUGUAGUGAACUGCAAAAGCUGCAUCAUCAUGUCACAUCUAACAUCAAUGCCCUCAAGUCCUUGCAGCAACCAGUCGAACAGUGGGAUGCAUGGUUGGUCACUCUUUUAUGUAGUAAAAUGGAUAGUGCUACAGUAGGGGAGUGGUAUCUACAGUAUAAGAGUAAAGAUCUGCCUUCCUACGUGGCUGUAGAACAAUUUCUAGCUAACAGAAUAACAGCCUAUGAGGCAGGGGAUAUGAAUUGUCUGUCAAGUGAACCAAGAAAAAUGUCAACAAAAAGUUCAAAUAACAAAACAUAUGAAAAAAAGGCAUUGUUUGUAAAAUCUAAAGAAAAAGGUUUUGGCAAAUGUCCGUUAUGUACUGAGCAUCACAAAUUAUAUGCUUGCAGUAAAUUCAACAACAUGAGUACAAAUGAUAGAAGGAACUUUGUGAUGAAAUCAAGGCUUUGUUUCAACUGUCUCAACUUUGGCCAUCAAGUUUCUUCUUGUUAUUUUCCUCCAUGUCCUCGUUGUGGGGAAAAGCACAAUUCAAAGCUUCAUGAGGAACAAGCAAACACCAAUAAUCAAGAUGCUUCUAUCGCCAAUGAUGUUGACAGCCCUGAACCCCAUGCAACAGCUAUGUACACUGAAAUAUCAGCUCAGGAAACUGAAAAUCUAAAUGUUAUUUUAGCCACUGCCAUUGUCAAUGUAUGCGACACUUUUGGGCGCAUGCAUUCAUGCCGAGCUGUCCUGGACUCUGGUUCUCAACUAAAUUUCAUUACAAAUUCUUGUGCUAAAAGGCUUAACUUGUCUACUGCUUCGCAUACACUUAACAUUGUUGGAGUCUCUGCUAUGGCAUCAACAGCCAAACAACUCCAAGAUACGAUUAUGACCUCACGUUUUGGUGAUUUCAAGACAACUAUCAAGUUCUACUCUCUGCAGACUAUAGUCAGUGCCUUGCCUUCUCAGGUGCUCAUUCGGGACAACUUGAAAAUGCCUCAUAACAUACUCAACCAGUUGGCAGAUCCAAACUUCCAUAGUCCUGGUCCUAUAGAUGUGUUAUUAGGUGCUGAUAUAUUCUUUGAUGUACUUUAUGGUGAAAAGUUUCCAUUAUCAAAUUUAGCUUGCUUGCAUCGUACCAAGUUGGGAUGGAUAGUAACAGGCAAAAUCUCAACUUUGUCAACUCCUCAUACAUUACCAAACCUCAUGAUACAGAAUCAAUCUGCAUUAUCGUUCUUCACGUCAAAGACCAAUCAACGUAUUCUUGAAGAGUUCAAAGCCGAAGAGCAUUUUCAAUCAACUUUUCGUCGGCAUUGCAGUGGGAGAUUCAUAGUGAAGCUACCAAUGGCACAAGAUCCCAAGGUGCUUGGUGAUUCAUUAGACAUGGCUCAAAAAAGAUUUUUAAAUCUAGAGAGACGACUUCAAAAAGAUAAAGUACUCACUGAACAAUACGAUAAGUUCAUUGCUGAAUAUAUUGCCAUGGGUCAUAUGGAAUUAGCAUCACCGGCCAUUCAUAAGCCUACCCUUCCACAUAAUCAGAAGGAUCCAAACUUCAUGAUAAAUCUUACUGAAACUGAGGUGUUGAGCGCGUUGGGACUUCUUUGGCAACCAUCUAUAGAUAGCUUUCGGUUUGCAAUGAAAAACUGGAAUGCUCCUCAACACAUAAGUAAGCGCACACUCCUAUCAGAUAUAAAUAGUGUCUAUGAUCCGCUUGGACUAUUAUCAUCAGUGUUGAUUAAAGGCAAGAUUUUUAUCCAGCAAGUAUGGAGUCUUAAAGUAGGUUGGGAUGACAUUUUAUCAGAAGAGAUAAGAUCAAAAUGGUUAAAAUUUUAUUCAAGUUUGGUUGCACUCAAUGGAUUGAUUAUACCAAGACUAGCAUUACUACCUGAGUCAGACAGUUAUGAACUUCAUGGUUUCUGCGAUGCAUCCCAACAUGCCUACGGUGCUUGCAUUUACAUUCGAUCCAGUAAGCAAGAUGGUGAUGCUGAAGUUAAAUUGUUUACGGCUAGAUCUCGGGUUGCGCCAAUUAAAACCACCACUAUUCCCCGUCUGCAGUUGUGUGGCGCGUUAUUGCUGUCAGAGUUAGUAAACGAGAUUAAAGAUGAAUUUUCAAAUAUAAACAUUAAAUUGUCUACAGAAAACAUACACCUGUGGACAGAUUCAACUAUUGUUCUACCGUCAAAAUCAUUGAUUACCAAGCUAAUUUUUAAUUAUGAGCAUAUUCGGCUCAUGCAUGCAGGACCACAGGCAUUGCUUGCCCACGUAACACUGAACUAUUGGCCAAUCCGGGGAAGACAGAUUGCAGCACAAAUCGUCCGAAAAUGUGUAACCUGUUUCCGAGCGAGCCCUCAAUUUACUCCACCAUUAAUGGCGCCUCUGCCCAGCGUACGCGUUACUAUUGCUCGACCAUUUGCCAAUAGUGGAGUAGAUCUGUGUGGCCCAAUAUUCGUUCGCAGUGGGCUGAGAAAGGUAUCACCGACAAAAAGUUAUAUUUGUGUGUUUAUCUGCAUGGUUACUCGUGCCAUCCAUUUAGAAUUAGUGUCAUCACUGUCUACUGAAGAUUUUUUGGCUGCACUAUCUCGUUUUAUGUCACGGAGAGGUCAAUGUACGGACCUUCACAGCGACAACGGCACAAACUUUGUAGGUGCAGACCGUACACUCAAAACAUAUUUCAAGGCAACUGUAAACAGCAAUAAAGUACAUGAUUUUCUUACUAUGCGAGAAAUUAAGUGGCACUUUAUACCACCUGCUUCCCCACACUUUGGAGGGUUGUGGGAGAGUGCAGUCAAGUCAGCUAAAAAGCAUCUUCUUCGAGUGUCGAAGGGAGUGUUGCUAACAUUUGAUGAAACCAGAACUUUACUAUGUCAAAUUGAAGCUGCAUUAAACUCUCGGCCUCUAUCUCCACUUUCAUUAGAUCCCAACGACUUCAAUGCACUCACACCAGGGCACUUCUUAAUUGGUGGUCCACUCAUGCUACCACCUGAGCCCGAUGUAUCAUCCAUACCACAGAACCGCUUAAAACGAUAUUCACUUAUGAGGCAGCAAAUGCAGCUCUUCUGGAAGCGGUGGUCACAAGAAUAUUUGCCUCAACUCCACCGAAGAGGUAAAUGGACCAAGCCGAAUCGAAAUUUUUGUGUUGGUGAUCUUGCAGUCUUGCGUGACGACAACAUGCCACCCUUUAAAUGGCCAUUAGUCCGCGUAGCAGCAGUUCAUCCUGGGGCUGAUGGUGUUGUUAGGGCAGUGACCGUGCGAAAUUCCACUGGGUCUGAAUUUCGACGUCCAGCAAUCAAGUUAUCCCUACUACCCACCGAAAAGGAUCACGAUGAUGAAGAUUAG